AUCAAAUUUGGCCAUGACGCGGAAAUAGCAUCCUCAGACUGCCCCAAAAAUUUCGAUAAUAUAAAAUCAUCGAGUGUGUCUUAUGUAGUCUUUCAGAUUUCUCUGACGCAAUUGCUGGCAAGAGAGAAGAUCAACUCAACUGACUGAAGAUGGCAGAGGAGUUUGAUUUGAUUCCUGCAAAAGAAGUAAGCGAUACGUUCAAGGUAGUGUUCGAUCUCUACAGUCCCAGAGCUCAUUUCAUCAUUUUGCCCCGCAAUAAGCACACAGGAACAUACGUGAAGUUGGACCAAAAGGUCAGGCUGAAGAUAGUCGAAUCAGCUUGGUCGAUAGUCUCUGGAUAUAAACUUCAAAAGUCGGCUGUUUUGUCCCUCCACUUUGGGUCCUGGUCUACAUCAAAGAACAAGUUCCAUGCACAUAUUUGUGUAGACGUAGACGAUUAUCUCGCUAUUUAUGAGAGGUACGAGCAAAUAAUUCUCGACUUUCCCUUGAGUAGGUACAUCUCAAAGGAAUGGAAAGCAAGCAAAAAUCCAGAAGAUUAUGCGAUCAACGUUCGCAGAUAUCCCUUCAAAACAUAUUUCAAGGAAGAGGUCAAAGCCAUACGAGAGUAUCGUAGAAAUCCAACUGGUGAGUCCGAUAGCUCAUGUCCUCAUUUGCCGUUCGCCUUUCUCUUCCACCCGUCGGAACCAAGAGUCGGAUUUGCAGUCGAGAAGUCGGAGGAACCAAGAAGUUGUGAGUCUAAGUUUGAAGCCCUAGAAACGAUGUUCAACUAUGCAAAAGACCAAAACCUUACCAAAAUUAAUGCGAGAGGUGGUGACGAGGGAUGCCACUUGUGUUUGGUCCUUGAUAGAAAGUCGCAUGGCUUCCUUUUUGACGAGGAGUCUCAGAUUCUCGUUGGCUUCAUUCAAGUAUCUGGACUGAAGUUCUACAGAGAUUUGUGCCCUGAUGACAAGAAGGAUCAGUGGUUCGCCAACUUUAGUGCGAAGGGCGAUUAUAGAGUAUCUACCUGAAUAUCUCCUCGCGACCUGUUUACUUUCAUCUUUCGUUUCUUUUUGCGAAGACAGCUUAGGUUGUUCUUCAUGGUCGUUCGAGGUAUAAUGAAUUUCGUUGAAUAUAUUUACAGAUAAAUCCUAUAGUUUUUUCAAUAAAUCUGCAUUUAGUCGACUUAGUUCAGUAUUCGCAAAAGCUUUUAAAUUUAAAUGUAUGUCUUUUUGGUUUCUAUAUCUCUAAGUCAAUUUCUUUUUUAAUUUUUAGCUCUAAUAUCUGGGUAUAGUUCAAAAUUUCUAACAUUGUAGAGUGCAAUUGAAAACUUUACAUUGAUAAUUGCGCAAUGAA